UUUGGGCAUAGCUGUCCUUCGUGCUCUCUUGUUCUCUUCUUCCUUUACAAAAAUUCCAGUUCUCUUUUCUCCGGUUACUUUUUAGCAAUGGCCUCAGCCGAGAUCGAGUUCCGUUGCUUCGUCGGAGGGCUCGCCUGGGCCACCGACAAUGAUGCGCUGGAGAGGGCCUUUUCUCCGUUCGGUGAGAUCAUCGAAUCGAAGAUCAUCAACGACCGUGAGACCGGGAGGUCCAGGGGCUUCGGCUUCGUCACCUUCAGCAACGAGAAGGCCAUGAGGGACGCGAUCGAAGGCAUGAACGGCCAGAACCUCGACGGCCGCAACAUCACCGUCAACGAGGCUCAGUCUCGUGGCAGCGGCGGGGGUGGGGGGGGGAACGGGGGGGGGGCCCCCCCGCGUGAAGGUGGUUAUGGAGGUGGUGAGGGCGGCGGCGCUCGCUAUUCCAGGGGCAGCGGUGGCUCUGAAGGUGGCAGCUGGAGGAGUUAAAUUUUAGGGUUAGGGUUUGGGAAUUUAGUGUUGCUUUUUUGGUAUGUUUUAGGGUUUAGAUGGUUUCUGGAUCUGGUUCUCUGAAUCUCUCUAGUUUGAUGGUGGUGUGUUCUUUGCGCUCGAUAAUUUUGAUCGAUGACUAUGUUACUUUUUCCUGUAUUUUUGUUUCCAAAGAAAUGGUGUUUGAGAAAUGAAGUAUAGUUCUUCGUUCGCAUA